GCUCAUCGGCACUUUCCGGAUGGUCCUGCAAAAGGUGGUGGAGGAAGGGCAGGUGGAGGUGACGGACACGCUCAUAGAUGACAAUAAUUCGGCCAUUCAGACCAGCAUCUCCAUAGAGAUCAGGUACCAGGCUCUGGAUGGGACAGUGGGUGCAUGGAGCGACAAGGAGUUCCUGGAGACCCCCAGUGUCCACUCAGAGGGGGAUGGCAGGUACCCUUUGGAGACAGACAGCCUCCUCUCCAGCCACCGGCAGGGCUUGGACGUCUCUCCAGGCAAAUCCAACCAGCAGUCCACAGAGAGGAGCUUCAGAAGCAAGGGCAAAGAGAAGACGAAGGAGCACAAAGCCGGGAAAGGAGUUUUUUCAGCCAUGAAGCUUGGCAAGACGCGUCCAUCAAAGGAUGACCAUCGGAAACAAGAUGAACCCGCUGUUUUGGAGGCAGAAGACCUGGACCGAAAAGCCAUGAGACAGGGAUGUGGACUGGAGCCAGACACCAUCUCCUUGGCCUCUGUCACUGCUGUCACCACCAAUGUCUCGAACAAGAGGUCCAAGCCUGACAUCAAAAUGGAGCCAAGUGCUGGGAGGCCAAUGGAUUACCAGGUCAGCAUCACCAUCAUUGAGGCCCGGCAGCUGGUGGGGCUCAACAUGGACCCUGUGGUCUGCGUGGAGGUGGGAGAGGAAAAGAAAUACACAUCCAUGAAGGAGUCGACCAAUUGCCCUUACUACAACGAGUACUUCGUCUUCGAUUUCCACGUCCCCCCAGAUGUCAUGUUCGACAAGAUCAUCAAGCUGUCUGUGAUCCACUCAAAAAACCUCUUGCGCAGUGGGACUUUGGUAGGCUCCUUCAAGAUGGACGUUGGAACCGUUUAUACCCAACCUGAGCACCAGUUCUACCACAAAUGGGCCAUCCUUUCUGACCCCGAGGAUCUCACCGCUGGGCUGAAAGGUUACUUGAAGUGUGACAUCGCUGUGGGGAAAGGGGACAACAUCAAGACACCACACAAAGCCAAUGAGACAGAUGAGGAUGAUAUUGAAGGGAACCUCCUCCUCCCAGAUGGGGUCCCACCGGAGAGGCAGUGGGCUCGUUUCUACAUCAAGAUCUAUCGAGCAGAGGGGCUGCCCCGGAUGAAUACCAGCAUCAUGGCCAACGUGAAGAAGGCUCUCAUUGGGGAGAACAAGGACUUAGUGGACCCCUACGUGCAGGUGGUCUUUGCAGGGCAGAAGGGGAAGACAUCCAUACAGAAAAGCAGCUAUGAGCCUCUCUGGAACGAGCAAAUAGUUUUCACAGAAAUGUUUCCCCCGUUGUGCAAGCGGAUAAAGAUCCAGAUCCGAGACUCGGACAAAGUCAACGAUGUGGCCAUUGGUACCCACUUCAUUGAUUUGCGGAAGAUCUCUAACGAAGGAGACAAAGGCUUCCUGCCCACCUUCGGCCCUGCGUGGGUGAACAUGUACGGCUCCACACGCAACUACACCCUGAUGGACGAGCACCAAGAGCUGAACGAGGGUCUGGGUGAAGGUGUCUCCUUCCGGGCCAGGCUUUUGAUGAGCCUUGCCGUGGAGAUCUUGGACACCAGCAACCCGGAGAUCAACAGCUCCACCGAGGUGCAAGUCGAGCAGGCCACAUCCGUUGCUGAUAACUGCACAGGGAAGAUGGAGGAGUUCUUCCUCUUUGGAGCCUUCCUGGAAGCUACCAUGAUCGACAGAAAGAUUGGGGACAAACCCAUCAACUUUGAAGUCACAAUAGGUAACUAUGGGAACCAGAUCGAUGGCAUGACCAAACCCAUCCUAAGGAGGAAGAAAGAGGGAGGGGAUGGGGAUGAGGAAGAGUCCGAGCUGCUCCAGAACUCAAGUGAGGAUGAAGGUGAUGAGGAUGGAGAGCUGGUCUCCGUUUCUUCAUCCCAGCCCGUGAAGCCCCUGGUCACAGACAGGAACUAUUUCCAUCUGCCAUACUUUGAGAAGAAGCCCUGCAUCUACAUCAAGAGCUGGUGGCAGGACCAGCGCCGCAGAUUGUAUAAUGCCAACAUUAUGGACAAGAUCGCCGACAAGCUGGAGGAAGGGCUCAAUGACGUGCAGGAGAUGAUCAAGACGGAGAAGCCGCACCCCGAGCGCCGGCUCCGAGGGGUCCUGGAGGAGCUGAGCAGUGGGUGCCUGCGCUUUGUGUCGUUGGCUGACAAGGACCAGCACCACCCUUCCCGCACGAGGCUGGAUCGGGAGAGGCUCAAGUCCUGCAUGCGGGAGCUGGAGAACAUGGGGCAGCAAGCCACGAGUCUGCGGUCGCAGGUGAAGAAGAACACCAUGAAAGACAAGCUGAAACUGGUGCAAAACUUCCUGCAGAAACUCCGGUUCUUGGCAGAUGAGCCCCAGCACACUAUUCCCGACAUCUUCAUCUGGAUGAUGAGCAACAACAAGCGCAUUGCCUACGCUCGCAUCCCUUCCAAGGAUAUCCUCUACUCCAUCGUGGACGAGGAGAUGGGCAAGGACUGCGCCAAAGUGAAGACCGUCUUCCUCAAGCUACCUGGGAAGAGGGGGUUUGGACCUGCUGGCUGGACAGUUCAGGCCAAGAUGGAGAUGUACUUGUGGCUGGGCCUCAACAAACAGCGCAAAGACUUCUUGAGCGGCCUGCCCUGUGGCUUUGAGGAGAAGAAGACUGCCAGAGGCCAAAACCUGCCAUCCUUCCCACCCAUCAGCCUUCUCUACACCA